AGGAAACGAAACAAGUGGACUGCACAGGAGACCAAAGAUCUCCUCACCGGGGUAAGUUUGUUCGGAGUUGGGAAAUGGAAGAAGAUCCUGGAUUGUGAGGAUUUCCAUUUCAACAACCGUACUGCCGUGGACUUGAAGGACCGGUUUCGU